UAUGGCUGCAGAACAGAAGGUGGGAGGAAAAGUUCAAUUAGAACCAUGCCUUCCUCAGCCCGAUAAUGGGUUUAACAUUUGCAGAGGGUUCCCAGGCAAUAACCCCUGCCAUUCCACACCCUACAAAUUGGGAAUGGCUUUUUGUUGCAGGCUGAGAAAGCACCACACAAAAGGUCCCAGGCAGCACAGCUUUUUCAUGUUUGAAGGGUCGUCAGCCCAGCCCCAUCUGCCUCCCAAAGCAUAUUCCCCUCUUCUCUUUACCUUCCCACAGAUGACACUUCGGACAGCUCUUUUCAGAUGAGAAAACAGACUCAGGUCUUCUCCUUGGACAUGUGGUCCAUUGCUCUUUCCACCAUUCCACACUGCUUCUAAAAACAACAAAAAACCAAGAUGGCAUCUGUUGGGCGGGGCUACAGGGCUUGUGAUGCCGCCCGCUGAACUUUGUGACGCAGCCGCUUGCGGAGACAGGAAGCGGUCGCAGCGCGUCAGGCCCGCCCUCUUCCGCGGCCGCGGUGGGAAUGGAAACAUCUGCCCCACGUGCAGGAAGCCGGGUGGUGGCCACGACAGCGCGCCACUCCGCAGCGUAACCUCGCAGAUCCCCUGCGUGUGUCCUCGCAAGACUAGCUCACCGAAAUGGCCGCGUCCAGUCAAGGAAACGUUGAGGGAGAUAUUGAGUCAGUGGACCUUGCAGAAUUUGCUAAGCAGCAGCCGUGGUGGCGUAAGCUGUUUGGGCCAGAAUCUGGACUCUCAGUCGAAAAGUAUAGCGUGGCAACCCAGCUGUUCAUUGGAGGUGUCACUGGAUGGUGCACGGGUUUUAUAUUCCAGAAGGUUGGAAAGUUGGCUGCAACAGCUGUGGGAGGUGGAUUUUUUCUCCUUCAGCUUGCAAACCAUUCUGGGUACAUCAAAGUUGAUUGGCAACGAGUGGAGAAGGACAUGAAGAAAGCCAAAGAGCAGCUGAAGAUCCGUAAGAGCACUCAGAUACCUAACCAGGUCAGGAGCAAAGCUGAGGAGGUGGUGUCAUUUGUGAAGAAAAAUGUUCUAGUGACUGGGGGAUUUUUCGGAGGCUUUCUGCUUGGCAUGGCAUCCUGAAGAAGAUACCUCAUUUUCAUUGUUCCUGGUUUUUUCCAGCCAGCAGCCUCUACAUUCCAUCAUAGGACAUUGAGUCCUUCCUCCUCUUCUCCCAUGCCUUCCUCCCUGCUGUGGCAAAUCUGAGUGGCUUCUAUAAGCAUCCGUUGGUACAAGUUAAUGUGGCACCAUGAGCCUGACUGGCUUCUAUAAGCAUCUGUUGGCACAAGUUAAUGUGGCACCAUGAUCUUGAUGGCGGCAGAAGAGACAAUAGUCCUUAGCUCUUCUUCCAGUACACCCCCUACUUAGUCAGUCUGUAGGUCAGCAAGAAGGUCCCUCUACCCCUAUGCAAGACACUUACAAGAACACAUUGCAAGAUAGCUGACCGUGGAGGAUGAGUGGAUCCUGAAAUGUUGUCCCAAACUGUUGAUUUGGAAAAGAAAUAAGCACAUAGAUAACCUUAUUGUGUGCUGCAUGGAAAGGAACUGAAUACAAUUGCCUUUAAGCAUUAAAAAAAAAAGGAUGAAAAAUUGGGGUGUCACAUUUGCAAAAUGGAUGGACAAAUGUGGUCAGGGCAGAUCAAGGUAAGGGAUGAUCUGAGGCAAAACUGUGAAGGAUAAACUUUGGUGACCCUUACAUAUUUUUUACCGUUACCCCAGGUGCCCCCUGUUUCCCAACCCCUAAUGCCCAGGACCCUCAUUCUCUACACUUUUGCUAAACAAGGCAACUCUUCUCUGUUGCCCACAUGAGCAGAACCUCAUACUUUGGCUUCCGUGACUCCUUCUAUCCCUUCAAAACGUACCUAUCCCUACCUGUGUUCUUCUCCCUCAAUUUCUCUCUGGGCAACUGAUCUACUUUAACCUGAUCAUUUGACUUCCUAGGAAGUACCUUCCACUCUGAGAGUCAGAAUGCUCUGCAUGUGUGCUAAGGCAUUAAAUGAAGAUUGAAAGUCACUGCUGUGUUACCCCUCUCUGGCAGCACUGCUACUUUGACAAGGGUUCUGUUGACUCAACCUGAAUUCCACAGUGUUGUGAGAGUUUCAGGCACUGCUGCAGCUAAUAGGUACAGCUAUUACUGGGUAGGGACUCCCUCAAUUGGCGCACCACAGUCUAUCCAUCAAAAAUUUCUCAACCAUGGCCCUGGGAUUGAUUGCCCAAAACCCAUUAGAGGACUGCAGGGAUCUGCCAGAAGGUGGGACAUGAGAUAUGAAUACAUUCCUUAAGGCUCUGUAGCCCUGAAAACUCAGCCCCAGAAGAUGAUCUGUGCAGGAGGUUUUGAGCCUAUCCAGGGUACCAGAGACACCAGGAGUACCUCCUCCAGCCAAGACUGACCACAGUCCAGAGAACAAAACCCAGAUAUCAGAAUCUAUCUCUGACACUGGACUCUUCUUUCUUGCAUUGUGGGAAAUGUAAGAACUACUCUUGGAAAGAAACAGUAGAGACCAAGAGACACUGGGAUGGAAGCUGACUGGUUUCAGGGUUCAAAGGUCUGUGUUCCACCCCAACUUGGCCAGUUAUCAGCAGGAGGGGCCAUGAACAAUCCAGAAAAACCCUCUGGGCCUCUGGUUCCCCAUCUGAAAAAUUAAGGAUAGUGAAACUUGCCUUGCCUACUCACAAGUCUGUCCUGAACUCAUGAAACUCUAGCAGCUUUUCUAUCUCCUCAGUUUUUCUAUCACUUAGGUGAAAAACCUGUGGCCUAAGAAAUUAAAUGACCCACUUACCUGUUGUCUUA